AUGAGCUCCGGCGGUAAUUUGUCUCCUUCCCUGUCCCAGCAACCAGUCGAUCUGAAUGACCCAUCCCUGCUUCCCGACUAUGAGACCGAGUUUAUCACCACCGAAGAGCUGCGUCAAUUUGAGGCUGCGCUGAAUGCCCCAGCUGCUGAAUCACUGAUUGCAAUUAAUGAUUGGCGUCCCAUCCGUCAACGAGUGCGCAGACCAUUUCGACGGCGUCAGAAAACCAAACCCCAGAGAACAACCGACGAAACAAGGGAAGGUGUCUUGUACGCCGUGUUGAAAUAUCCAUUCUUGAUCAUUGUGUUUGGUUGGAUCUUUGUCCUUGGUUUGACCUAUGUCUUGACGCGACUCUACAUAUCCCUUUACGAGCAGUUGAUCACAUGGACUGGACGUCGGGAGAGACUACGACGGGCACUGCACGCCACGACUAAUUAUGAAGACUGGAACAGAGCAGCACACCUGCUAGAUGACUACUUGGGUAAUGAGAAAUGGAAAGAAAAGGAUGAAUAUGCCUAUUAUGAUUAUCCCACUGUGAGGAAUGCGGUUACACAACUCAGACAGUUAAGGGAGGCCGUCGAGAAAGAGGCCCAAGAUGAACAGGCAAUCGCCACUCACAGCUCGUCUGCCACAGAAGAUCUUUGUUCCCUCUUGGAAGCCUGCGUCAAAAACAAUUUCGUUGGCGUCGAAAACCCACGGCUGUACAGUGAAGCCUACUCUGGAACUAAACGUCUUGUCCAAGAGUAUAUCGACGAAGCACAUCGCUCACUGGAAUCGGUUCUCGAAAGCAGAAUCCUGACACGGGAAGACAAGUAUCGGCAUUUCAGGCAUCUGGACACAAACUUUGGGCGGACUGCGCUUUGUCUUUCCGGCGGGGCCACCUUCGCAUACUACCAUUUCGGUGUGGUGAGGGCUCUUUUGGAUAACGGUGUCCUCCCCGAGAUUAUCGCAGGGACAUCUGGGGGUGCUUUGGUGGCAGCAUUAGUUGCAACGCGAACUGAUGAAGAGCUGAAACAACUUCUGGUCCCUGCGUUGGCGCAUCGAAUCAGAGCCUGCCAUGAGGAAUUUCCGGCCUGGGUAAAACGCUGGUGGCGGACAGGCGCUCGAUUCGAUACACUCGACUGGGCUCGUCAAUGCAGCUGGUUCACAAGGGGGUCGAUGACCUUUCGAGAAGCGUUUGAGCGUACCGGACGAAUUUUGAAUGUUUCCUGCGUGCCCUCGGAUCCUUAUUCUCCCACCAUUCUAACCAACUACCUGACAUCCCCAGACUGUGUGAUUUGGAGUGCGGUCAUCGCGUCCGCUGCCGUGCCGGGUAUUCUAAACCCGGUCGUUCUUAUGAAAAAGAACCGGGAUGGCAGCCUAUCGCCCUACUCAUUUGGUCAUAAAUGGAAAGACGGCAGCCUUCGUACUGAUAUCCCUAUCAAGUCCCUCAAUUUACAUUUCAAUGUCAAUUUCACCAUCGUCUCACAAGUCAAUCCACAUGUCAAUCUCUUCUUUUUCAGUUCUAGGGGGUCUGUUGGACGUCCGGUCACACACCGUAAGGGUCGAGGUUGGAGGGGUGGGUUUCUCGGCUCGGCAGUGGAGCAAUAUAUCAAAUUGGAUCUCAACAAAUGGCUUCGAGUGCUUCGUCACCUUGAAUUGCUACCGCGCCCAAUGGGACAGGAUUGGAGCCAAAUCUGGCUACAGCAUUUUAGUGGCACAAUAACAAUCUGGCCCAAGUCAGUCAUGUCGGAUUUUUGGAAUAUACUCUCCGACCCUUCCCCAGAGAGACUUGCGCGUAUGAUUCAAAUAGGGCAACAAAGUGCCUUUCCCAAAAUCCAGUUCAUACAGAACCGCAUGAAGAUUGAAAAUCUCAUCAUGCAAGGCUUACUGCGUAACUCACCUAGUGGAGGUCGUGAGCCUUCGCCAUUACUCUCCCGCCGCCAUGAUGUUCAGAACCACGAACCAGCUGAUACGCUUCAUUCAGAACCAGAGACUAUCUCUCCAUACCACCUCGACGUACCUAAUCCAUCUAAAACAGGAUAUUCUGUUGGAUAUAACCAUCAUCGACGUAACAGUGUUAUGGAGGAAAUGAGACGUCAAUCUGCAGUCUUCUUCGACGAUUCAGAUGUCUAUGGGGAUGAAAGUGACGAGGGUUUCCCUGUGGUUGGAAAUCGAGAUGAAAUGAUAGAUCAUAAGGAAAUAUGA